CACCUGCAGAAGCACCGGACGUUCCGCCGCGGCCGCGAUCUCUUUGGCCUUUGAUCUUGCACUAAACUUCUUGAGCUUCAUCUUUCACCUGGCCUUCGGAUUUGAGUGUGUUCUACAUGAUUUCCAGAAAUAAGAGCAUGAUUUACUCUAUGUCCGAAUCUCCCAUCCGGAAAACCCUAAUUGACACUCGCGAGGAACAGCGAGAACGAUUCUUGCCAUUGGCGUAUGCGAUUAGUGGUCGAUUUUCUGAGACCUAAAUUUUUUGGCGGAGCUUCCAGUGAGCGAUCAAUCAUCUGCGAUUGAAUUUUGAUAGAAUUGCCGGAUCGAUACGUUAUCAUUGAGCCGUAAGUGUUAAUCGGAUGGGGUCUUUCGAUGCUAAUAACUAUCUGCCUCCUCGUAAGCGUCUGCUCGCUGAACUCAGGAGGGAGAAUUCCGAGUUUGAUUACCUGCCGCCAGUUCCUUUUCUUCCUGGUGAUCUUGGCAUCCUGCUUCGCGAUGUUGUUAAUUCCCCGGAUUCGACUCCAGAAAAGAUCAUAGAGGUUUCCAAAUCGGUGGCUUUGGCAGCAACUGAAAUUGCUGCGGCAGCAAGAAAAACUGCAAUCGAGAAAGCUGCUGCAGCCACAAAGGCUAAAGCUGAUGCCAAGGAUGCAUUGUCGUUUCUGGAUUCCAUGAAAAGGAAUUGCAGAAAAAUGUGCCCAAGCAAAAAUAAAGUGAGGAAAAAAUGCAUCCCAAUAAAACUCCUAUACAAGACUUGUCAUCCUUCCGGAAGUCGAGAAAUUGAUGAAGAAGUUCUAUGUAAUGGCAAUUCAGAAGGGCAAAUUGUUGUCUAUUCCAAAGCUGACAAUUUUGAGGAGGAAGAAGAAGAAUUCAGUCAUCAAACAAAGAAACAACAAAAUGAGUCUGUGUUCAGACCAGUAACUGGCAGUAGGAAAGUGAGAAUUAAACGAAAGAAGUUGCCUUUGAGUCGAUGCAAUUUUAGAGAUAAAGUAGAGCUAAAAAAAUCUGACAAUCUUUCUCCUUCCAAGAAAGAAUCAAAUUUAGAUUCUGCAGAGAGUGAUAUGUCUUCAGAUGAUACAGAAGUGGUGGUUCCUGAUGGUGGAGUCCCAUCGAAGAUUACUUCCUCUUGGAAAUGCAAGAAGAUCAGAGCAUCACAGUGUUCUUCAGAUAGCAAUAUGUUGAAAGCUUUAUGUUAAUGAUCCUUCAGCAACCACUUUCUCUAUCGGGUAUUCGUACCGUAACUAUGCCCACGAGAUGAGUUUUUGGAGCAUCUUCAGUAUCUUCAUCAUUCGGAAUCAGUCUUCACCCUUUUCUUCUACAAGAUGCUUGCUUCAUAUCUUAUGUGCAAUAGCCACUUGCUUGUGUUUCUUCUAAUGCUUCACUUCAUGUUAUUAUUUCAAGUACAGUACGUUUGUGUUAUUCAUAUUUCCAAAUCAAUGAUAUAUCUAUUACUAGUA